ACAACAUAAACACAACACAAAACAUGUCUUCUCCAUCAAUCGAUCCUACUGGCAAAAUCAUCGUCGUCUUCGGUAUCACCGGCAAGCAGGGAGGUGCAGCAGCCCAGGCUUUACUUGACAAAGGCUUCAAAGUUCGUGGCGUCACCCGCGAUGUUAACAGCUCCAAAUCCAAGGCAUGGGCUGGCAAAGGUGCUGAAUUAAUUACAGCUAAUCUCAACGACACAAAGAGCCUCGAAAAAGCUUUUGACGGCGCUUACGGUGUCUUCUUGAUCACAGAUCACAGUGAAAGCGGUGCUGUUGAGAAAGAAAUACAGAAGGGAAGAAAUACUGCUGAUGUUGCCGUCGCUAAGAAUGUUAAGCAUCUCGUCUUCACAUCCGUUGGCAACGCCGGAGCUGCUAAGUUUCCUGAAUUUUACAACAAGUACGAAAUCGAGCAAUAUAUCGCUAAAAAGUCCGAACUGACCAAUACUGUCAUUCGACCCGCCAACUUUUUUGAGAAUUAUGCUAAGGAUAGUUCAUUUGCUCCAAAGGAUGGUGUCUUCCCUUCUGCCAACGCCCCUGAAAAGCGAAUCCAAGCUGUUGGUUGUAGGGACAUUGGUUUAAUUGCUGCUGAAGCUUUUCAACAUCCCGAAGAAUACAGCGGCCAAGUCAUCGAGCUGUCAGCUGAAGAACUCGACCACUAUGAGAUCGCUGAAAUAUUCACAAAGGUUACUGGCACAAAAUGGCAGGCUAAGCAAAUGUGGGUUUUCAAAUAUGGCAUCGUCACCCUGAUUGGAAGCAAGUACGGCAAGAUGGCUAAGUUUUGGGAAAACCCCGGCUACUGCGGUGAUGUUAAAGCUUUGCGCGCCAAAUAUCCUUGGUUGCAAACUUGGGAGGAGUACAUUACUGAAACAUAUGGACCAGAAGCAAAAUAGAGGGAAGUGAAGUAGUGAAUGCUUUAUAUUGCAUGUUUUGCUUAUAUAGCGAUGCUAAGUAUAUUCCCAAUCCAUUAUUUCCCAUCUUACAUCAAUCUUCUUUACACAACCACUUAUUCAUUACCAUGCUCAGUGCUUAUUCCUGAGUCUGAUGCUAAUUCUUGUCUACGUUUUUCCGCUAUUGUAUCUAACAAUGUCGUUAUUAAAAUUUUUUCGUGAAUAAUUCGCAUAUCACCAACGGGCUGAUGAUUUCGUAGUGAGAUGACCAAAUUUUGGAGAUCCCACGCAGAGAUAAGAAACAGGUUUUCUGUAUUGAAAUUGAACAUUUUCAUAUCUCGUUGGAUUUGCAUUUCGUUCGCAAGUUCUCCCACAGUGCUUGCCCAUUGAUUGUGACCAAUGGAUCCCUUCACGCUUUGCCUGCGCAGUCUAGACUGUAUUGCC